AUGAAUCUGAGAUCAAAGAAUGUUUCUCCUAUAGAUAGGCGCAAAUUUGUGAAGCUAAAGACCAGCCAAGAAUUCAAGGCUGUGAGUGGUAGCUACAAGGAAAGAAGGCGCAAACAGAUUCCUCACACUUGCAGUCGCAAGGGAAUGGUUAGACUUGCAGAAGAAAUGAAAACUGCUAGUGGAAACCCAUCUGAAGUGACUCGGCUGAAGGUGUGGAUGAAGUCGCGUACAAGGAAAGAUGGUACACCGGUGAAUACGAAUGCAGCAGAGAAGAUGAAAAAGGCAGCUGAGUUAGUUGAUAAUGAUACUCCACCCUCUACAACAAAUGAAGGAGAGGAUUCACUUACGCUACUACUAGGACCUAAUAAUCCGGGUAGAAUGAGGGUCCUGGGUAGGAACAUGAAUAAAACGAAGUUAGCAUGUUUCCAGGUGCAACACAGGUGUAUGACUGAGAUGGAAGAGAAGCAAGUUCAUCUCCAACAGAAGGUCAAAGAGUUGGAAGAUGAAAUUGCAAAAAUGAAAAACCAGCGACAAGAACCAGAGGUGGGUGAGAAUUCGGCUGCAAAGAGUGUCAAUAAAAGAUCACAACCUAAGUGUGUAUUGGUUGACUGGGCUGGUCCUACGGAUGUCAAAGUAUUUGUUGACUCUGCUACUAAACCAGAUGCAUUCCUGUGGAGACAUGCAAAAUCGGUGGAAGAAGCAGUAGACAUUACACCACUGGGUCAUAGAGCGAGCUCAAUAAACAAAUGCAAGCUUCUGGAUUUGUCUUCAGAUGAAAUUGUAGUUGCUGAAGGGCGAUGGCAGACAGAAGAACCAAAAGCGUUGGUUAAUGGUCUACCUCUUGGACUAAAGGCAGUAAAAGUCUUUGUUGAUGUGGUGCAUGAACCAGAGACAUUUAUAUGGAGGCCUACGGUUGAAGCAGCAUACAUUGAGGAUUGUCUAAUGUCUUUUGUAGCAUGGCCUGCCAGCAAAGUUGUAUUCGAGAACUCAAGAGAUGGAACGGGGCAUAAAUCUCGUUUUCAGAACUCUACAUCCGCUGAUCAAACCUCAGAUGCAUCAGGGUCUAAAUCUCUUACGCAGACAUCUCUGCCAGGUGGUUCACAGUCAGCAGCCAGAGUCUCAAAGUCGGCUACUGAGAAGUCUGCAGGAACACAUCCGGUUAUCAAGGAAAAUCAUAGGUGCAAGAUGAUGGACAUUUCCGGAAGGAAGGUUGUCGUUGCAGAGGGUCGUGUGCAUUCUACCGACCCUGAACAAAAGGUACACUUUGUUAGACUGGGGCAUGAUGCAGCAAGAGUUUGGGUAGAUAUAGUGAAGGUAGAUGAUGCAGCAGUUUGGAAGCCAUCAGAUGAAAUCGAGACUAUGAAAGAUGCACACGGUUCAUCAAUCGCAUGGCCAAUGGAGAAAUUGGUCAUCUUUUGA